UGCAGCUACUUUGGGAUGGAAGUUCAAAGCUGCCUAUAUGGCAGCAACUGUUAAAGAAUAUGAUGACUACUUAUCCAUGUUGGAUUCUGAAAACUCCAGGAUAAGGACUUGGCUAGACAAAAUAGGUGCUAACACAUGGUCAAAAGUAAUUUCUGGACCAAAGAGAUAUAAUAUUAUGACCUCCAAUUGUGCUGAGUCUAUGAACAAAGUCAAUGUAUGUGCAAGAGAGUAUUCAGUCUCUAAACUUGUUGAUUUUUUGCGUGAAAGGAUGCAACAAUGGUUCACAGAGAGGAAAGAUAAAGCUGAGAAAACAAGUACUAUACUCACACGGAAAUGUGAGAAACGUCUUGUAGCUUUGCAAGCUGAAGCUACACGUAUGAAGGUGAAACCAUCAUGUGCAUAUGAAUUUGAAGUUGUUGAUAGCAGAUGCACGUCCUUUGUGGUCAAUCUCAACUCUAGAAGUUGUACUUGUGGCCACUUUCAACUAGAUCACUUUGUUUGUGUUCAUGCUGUUGCUGCAAUUGCUAUACGCCCACAUCUGUCAUGUUAUACUUACAUUUCUCCUUUUUAUACUAGAG